UUUCAAAUUCGGCGUAAUUUCAGGCCUGCACCUCUACUUUUCAGUGUGUUAUUUUUAGAGAGAGAAAGAGAAGAUAGAGAAAAUUAGGGCACACAGUGGUCAGUACGACGUGUGCCUUCCUUCCCUAGAGAGAGAGAGGAACGGGUAUCUUAGACGGGGAAGAAAUUCAGGGUUGUAAAUCCUUUUAGAUAUAGAGAGACAGGGUGUAGGAGGGGGUGAGAAAUUUGGGGUUUUUGUACAGCGGGAGAUCCUGAAGAGAGAGGCUUGAUUUGUGGAAAAUCGUUUUUCUUGAUUUUGCAGCGGACAGUGAACGGCUUUAGCAGUUUCUCAGAGCCGUGAAAGUUUUGAUUUUUUUCUUUGAAAGGUUGAACUUUGCGUGGAGUUGGGAGAGUUUGAUAUAGAAAAUUUGGAGUAGAUCCCUGUGGCUUCUCUAUCCUUUAAGGGCUUUGUUGUUUCUCUGAGAACUGGGGCUUCGGGUGGUAUCCAAUGGUUUGAGCCUUUUAUGUGCUUUUAGAGAGAGAAAAUCAGUGCAUGGUGGACCCAUUAAGGCUGGGAUUUAUGUGGAUUAGUACGGGCACGGAUGUUUCACUCUAUCUCUUCAAAUUCUACAGAUGCAAUUGAGUCCCAAACUGUCUGAAUUUUGUUGAUGAAGCGCAUAUGGAUAGAAGAAGACAGUGAUUUCCGAGUUUUGCAGUGUUCUAUAUGCGAAAAAUCGAUCAUUUGAGAUGGAGGGGAGGAAGAUUUUAGCUAGCCCUAGGAGGUGUAGCAGGCAUAGGGUUUUAGCUGGGAAAAGGCAGCGUGUUGAGUGUGUUAACAGUGUGAAGAAGUUACAGAGACGUGAGAUCACUUCGAAGGGGAAUCGUGCCUUCAGUAUGAGCAGUUCACAAGAACGAUUUCGCUACAUACACUUGCAGGAAGAGUUUGAUACCCAUGACCCCAAGGAACACUGGUUCAUGGAACUUCAUUUUCUCAAGAAGAGGUCAAAAAUAAUAGAAAUAGUUGCUGCCCGUGAUAUUGUCUUUGCUCUGGCUCAAUCUGGUGUCUGUGCAGCAUUUAGCCGAGAAACCAAUAAGCGGAUAUGCUUUUUGAACAUUAGCCCCGAUGAAGUUAUCCGAAGUUUGUUCUAUAACAAGAAUAAUGACUCACUUAUUACAGUCUCAGUUUAUGCUUCCGACAAUUUCAGUUCCCUGAAAUGCAGAACAACAAGGAUUGAGUAUAUCCGGAGGGGCAAACCUGAUGGUGGCUUCGCACUUUUUGAAUCUGAAUCCUUGAAGUGGCCUGGUUUUGUAGAGUUUGAUGAUGUGAAUGGCAAAGUUCUAACCUAUUCUGCACAGGAUGGGAUAUAUAAAGUAUUUGACUUGAAAAAUUAUACAUUGUUGUAUUCUAUAUCAGAUGAACAUGUACAAGAGAUCAAAAUCAGUCCAGGGAUCAUGCUAUUGAUAUUUGCAAGGGCAAGUGGUCAUGUCCCUCUGAAGAUCUUAUCAAUAGAAGAUGGCACAGUUUUGAAAGCAUUCAACCAUCUUCUUCAUCGGAAUAAAAAGGUGGACUUCAUUGAGCAGUUCAACGAAAAGCUUCUGGUGAAGCAGGAAAAUGAAAACCUCCAGAUUCUUGAUGUUCGGAAUUCUGAACUAACGGAAGUUAGCAGAACGGAGUUCAUGACACCAUCGGCCUUCAUCUUCCUUUAUGAGAACCAACUAUUCUUGACUUUCCGAAAUGGAACGGUGGCUGUCUGGAACUUUCGCGGUGAGCUUGUGACCUCUUUUGAAGAUCACAUGCUUUGGCACCCGGACUGUAAUACAAACAACAUUUACAUCACGAGCGACCAGGACCUCAUCAUUUCUUAUUGUAAGGCUGACCCCGAUGACUCAUCUGUCGAAGGAAAAGUCGGUUCGAUCAACAUAAGCAAUAUCUUGACUGGAAAGUGCCUUGCAAAGAUACAUGCAAAUGAUUCAAACGUGAUUGUGAACAAGAAUAAGCCGAACAAGAAUAAGCGGCCGAGGUUUAGGAACACAGUUGCUGAUGCCCUUGAGGACAUAACCGCACUCUUCUACGACGAAGAGCGCAAUGAGAUAUACACGGGAAACAGGCAGGGUCUGGUCCAUGUUUGGUCCAAUUGAUUGAUUGGACUCUCUCUCUCUCUCGCCUGGCUCGUGCGAGUGAUGCACGUGAUCUACCCUCCCAGCUCACGACACGGUCUUGGGGAAUUGUAGGCCUUGUAAUUGUGUCACCCAAUGUCGGUGGCACUGUAACUGUUACUUUUUCAUUUAGUUUUUCCUAAUUUUCUCUCUACAUUUUCGCUGAGGUUUUUUACUUGUUUUCAUUGUGUUGGUAGAGAGAGAGAGUUGUAAAUUUCGACCUUUUGUGGUUUGUGAUAUGGUUUAUGGUGAGAGAAGUAAAUUUCUUGCCUU